GGUGCAUUGUGGGCGUGGUAGUUUACGCCGCAGUUAUGGUUGCCUUAAUAAAGCGUGAGUGCUCCGGUUCGCAGACUGGAAUAUAACAGGCAUCAGAGAUUCCUGCUCUGACCCUUGCUCGGUUCUGCGAAUGUGAUCUAGGUUGGUUAUCCCAGGAUCAUCAUUGUUUAAUGGAGAAAAGUCACCGAUUUCGUUGCUAUUAAGUAACCUUAAAAGCAUAGCCUUGAUUUUCUGUGAGAAACUGAAAAUCACCUUUUAAGAAGCUGCACUUCGACUCCCUGCUCUUUUCUCCAAAUUUCUUGAUUAUGGUGUAAAGUAGAGCGUUUUGAACAUCUCUUCACUAUUUUGUGCUUAUCUCACUGCAUAAUGAUUUUUUGUUUUACUGGUAUUCGGAGGUUCCCUAAGCUUUGGAAAAAUAAUCCAUACCUCGGGCUAGGUCCAGGACACUUUUAUAACUCUCUCUUUCUGAAAGACUGUUAUGGCAUCAGGAACCAGCAGAAGUUGUUUUUCCUUCAAGCAGCAUCUCCACAAAAUACCAAAGCAAUAAAUUUUCCAAUUGCGAAGGCCAGAUAUCACAGGAAAGGCAACAGUAAAAUUUCUUCUGAGUUUCCUCAUCUUUUUGCAGCUGGAGCAGCUAAGAAGAGAUCACAGAUGAAUCCUCAGAUUAAAGAUCAUGCCUCGCCACCUGUGAGCAACAUUAUUCAACUCCCAACAAAACCUUUGAAUUCAGAGCAGUGGGAUAAACUUAAGGAAGAUUUCAAAGGAAAAGCUAAUUUUGAAAAUUGGAUCAUUUCACAGAUGGCUCGGCACAAUAGCUCUGUAGAUGUGGCCAAAUCUUUGCUGGCCUGGGUAGCUACAAAAAACAAUGGUAUUGUAAGCUAUAAUUUGCUGGUCAAGUAUUUGUAUCUCUGUGUUUUUCAUAAGCAGACAUCAGAAGUUUUUGAUGUCUAUGAAAUUAUGAAAGCCAGAUAUAAGAGUUUAGAAUCUGGAGCAAACACUCUUCUCAUCCGGGGAUUAAUCCAUUCAGACAGAUGGAGAGAGGCCUUGGUGGUGUUAGAAGACAUCAAAAAGGUCAUGACCCCUUCAAAAAAGAACUAUAAUGACUGUAUCCAGGGAGCCCUCCUUCAUCAAGAUGUAAACAUAGCUUGGAAUUUGUAUGAGGAAUUGUUAAGUCAUGAUCUUAUUCCUAUGAUGGAAACUUUAAAAGCCUUCUUUGAUUUGGGAAAAGACAUAAAAGAUGAUCAGUAUUCAAACAAACUACUAGACAUUCUUUUGUAUCUAAGAAAUAAUCAGCUGUAUCCUGGGGAAUCAUUUGCACACAGUAUAAAGGCAUGGUUUGAGAGUGUUCCUGGAGAGCAGUGGAAAGGACGAUUUACCACAAUCCAGAAAAGUGGUCAGUGUUUGGGCUGUGGAAAAACCAUAGAGUCUAUUCAUCUGAGUCCAGAAGAGUAUGAAUUUCUCAAGAGGAAAGUCCUGAGGGAUGUGAUAGAUGGAGGUGACCAGUACAGAAAGACAACACCUCAGGAACUGAAGAGAUUUCAGAACUUUGUGAAAUACUGUCCUCCUUUUGAUAUUGUCAUCGAUGGGCUCAAUGUUGCCAAAAUGUUUCCUAAAGCUCGUGAGUCUCAAGUUCUCUUGGGUGUGGUCUCUCAACUAGCCAAGCAGAAUCUGCACGUGCUGGUCCUGGGCCGGAAGCACAUGCUAAAUUCACGUGCCCAGUGGAAAAAGGAUGAGAUGGAAGAGGUGCGAAAGCUAGCCAGCUGUUUCUUUGCUGACAACAUCUCAGAGGACGAUCCGUUCCUUCUCUACGCCACCCUGCACUCAGGGGACCACUGCAAGUUUAUCACGAAGGAUCUGCUGCGGGACCACAAGGCCUGUCUCUCUGAUGCCAAGACCCAGCGCCUGUUCUUUAAGUGGCAACAGGGACAUCAGCUGGCGAUUACUAACAGGUCUCCAGGAUCAAAAAUAACCUUUCAGCACAUUCUCAGCUAUGACACGGUGGUGCAGACCACUGGAGACUCGUGGCACAUACCGUAUGAUGAGGACCUGGUGGAAAGAUACUCCUAUGAAGUGCCAACCAAAUGGCUGUGCCUUCACCGGGAGACGUGAAGGCUCGUACCCCCAUGCGGAAGUCGUGUCUGGGCGUCCUGCUGUUGGUGUCAGGGCUCUUAGGUUGACGCUUGUUUAUUAGACCACUGCUUCUGCCCUGCUUGAUCAGGCUUUCCUGUUUGGUUCCAUGGGUUUGUAUGUCAACAAAUUGAUUUUUUAAUUAAAUGUGUUAUAAUAUCUUUUCAUAACCAGUUGCAUUUUUUUCCCAUAAACAGUUUUUUUGAGGUUUAACGAGAGUUAGGGAACUCAGUGCAGAAUGAAGCCUACAUUUCUUAUUGAGCCAUCUAUUUCACUUUCUGAAAAACUGGCAAGAUAUUAAAGACUUAUAAGCAACUCUUAUCACCCAACUAUUUGGGUUCAAGGAAAGGGGGACAAUUCCUUCUUUUACACUGUGAUCUUCUGCUUCAUGGUAUAAUGCCUUUUCCAGAUUGGCUCCACGUUUUGUGAACACUGUUAAUUCCAUCAUCACCUGGUAUGAGGGCUUUCGAAAGUAUGUGCAGCGGAACGCAGGUCCUGCUUCCCACCGCUCCGAAAGCCAAUACUCGAGAGGCAGUUGCUGAUGUAAAGGAAGGUGGUUUAUUUGCAGACCCCGGUCACCUGGAAGAUGGGGACUCAUGACUCAAAACCCAUUUCCACCUCUCAUUGGAGGCAGAGGUUUCUUAGAAGGAGGGAGAGGGGAACAGAACAAAGAGAUCAAGCAGGGGUUGAAAAGUUCCCUGUGUGCUGACGAGCACAGUCCAUUCCAACAAGGCAAGUGAUGGGCCUGCAUGUGGCAUCUGGUUAACUCAUCAUGGAGUCACAUCACCCCAGCUUUGUGUCGUCCUGGCUCCAGGGAGGACAGUCGGCAGAUCUCCUGGAGUUGGGAUGCUUGAAGGGCAGAGUCUUUAUCUUUUGAAACUAGUUCCUAGGAUUCUUAUAAAAACAUGCUGUUCGUCUGUAAGCCACGUAUUA